AUGCCUCACAAAAUCUGCCACAUUCGCUUUUGCAGAGUGCCGCUCUCCACGUCUCAUUUCUUCAUCAUUCUUCGCUCCAUCGAUUCCUCUGCUUCAUCAAGUGCCCACACUGCAGCCGGACCCUGGCGCUUUGGCAACAGCGUUCUCAUGGUGCUGGAAAGUGCACCGUCAGCCAUCGGGGGUGUCCUUCAUGUUGUCACCAGGGAGGAGAAGGUCAGAGCUGCUGACAGAGGAGGAAAAAACGGAUCACUUCAUUUACCAUUCCUACCUGAGCCGGGAUCAGACCUCCGCCGCCAUGAUGGAGGAGGCACGGCUGUGUUCGAUGAGUGGGACCCUCCAGAUUAG